CUCUCACACUUCCUCAUCCCUUCAUCCCACCUUCAAGACAUCACACAUCAUGGGUUCGUAUCACGCUAUGGCUCUCUACACGAUCACAACCUCGUCUAGCAGCGGAGACCGCUGCGUGGCAUGUCUGCUGGGUCUUUGGGCGUAGGGAGCGACUGCGAGGGAGGACGCAGCAGCUGGCAGAAUUUGCAGAGCGAGUGGAAGGGUGGUAGUGGGGUGGCACAGGUAUGGAUGGAAUAGGGGAUGCAACGAUUGAUCUCUUGAGAUCUCGGGCGUUCUCGAAGGCAGAGCUAGCUAUCGUCAUGCGGCACCGGUCAAGGCGAGCAGCCAGCGCCUCCUACCCGGGGCAGUGCUCCUUUCAGCCAUGCUAGAAGACACGAAGAAAGCACUGUUGGGAGUCGCUCAACGCACCCUCGCUUUCUGUCUUCUUAGCGAUGGCACUCGGCACAGCAGGUUGUCAGAGCGAUCAGGCCGGGGUAGGCUGUUCUAAGGCAGCCCCUCGGGUCAAGGAUGUUGAACACCACGCCGUAUCUCCUCACAUGCUGACCUGCUUCCUCUUCACCUUACCCACCCCACUUCACUUCAUAGCGGUCGGAAAGAACAAGAAGCUCUCAAAGGGCCGUGGCCAAAAGAAGCGCGCUGUCGACCCCUUCACUCGUAAGGACUGGUACGACGUCAAGGCCCCCACCUUCUUCGAGAACCGCAACAUCGGUAAGACCCUGGUCAACCGAUCUCAGGGUCUCAAGAACGCCAACGACGCUCUCAAGGGCCGAAUCAUCGAGCAGUCCCUCGCUGACUUGAACAAGGACGAUGAGCAGGCUUUCCGCAAGUUCCGUCUGAGGAUCGAGGAGGUCUCCGGCCGAACCUGCCUCACCAACUUCUACGGUAUGGACUUCACCUCUGACAAGCUGCGCUCCCUCGUCCGAAAGUGGCAAUCGCUCAUCGAGGCCCACCAGGACAUCAAGACGACCGACGGUUACCUCCUCCGAGUCUUUGUCAUUGGUUUCACCCGCAGGCGAGCAAACCAGGUUUCCAAGACCACCUACGCUCAGUCCUCGCAAAAGCGACAGAUCCGUCAGAAGAUGUUCGACAUCGUCCAGAGGGAGUGCUCGUCGUGCGACCUCAAGGAGCUGGUCGCCAAGCUCAUUCCCGAGGUCAUCGGCCGAGAGGUCGAGAAGGCUUGCCAGUCCAUCUACCCCCUCAAGGACGUCUACGUCCGAAAGGUCAAGGUCCUCAAGACUCCCAAGUUCGAUGUUUCGCGCCUGUACGAGCUGCACGGUGGUAGCUCUGCCGUGCCAGGAGCAGAGGACUCUGGUGCCAAGGUGAAGAGCGGAGAGUUCAAGGAGCCAGCUGCCCUCGAGUCCGUCUAAGUCUCCAUGGUUGUCAUUCGCCGGCAGGUGGUGGGUCGGAAUUAGAUGGCGGUGGAAGGAAGGUCACAACAGAUUCGACCUAGACUACCUCUUUCCUCUCCCUCUUAUGACUCGCUGCUUUCGGGUGUAUCUACCUGGGUUUACGAUGCGUCUCCUGUUCUCUUGCCUCUUGACCCUCAUGUUUCAACCUUUGUAAUCUCAGCACACACAUCAUCGACCAUCUCUCGGACUGAUAUCCCCGUCUGCUCACGCAUGUGUCUGAGGGCGAUCGUGUGACACAACGGCAUGGUAUUCAUGGCUAACACAUUGCUAGGUGAGGCAGCCUUGCCUCUGCCCCUGGGAGCUCCCAUUGCUGAACACCUCUCGCCAAUACUAUGGAUGGUACUUCCUGAACACUACUCCCGCCGCCUUGA